AUGGUCGGAAUUGCUUCAGCUGCCGGCCUGGUCGGCUUCCUGUCGGAGCCGGACCCAGAGCUGAAGGUCUUUGCGCUCAAGUCAUUAGACGCCCAGGUCGACCUGCUCUGGACUGAAGUGGUGAACGCCGUUCCUGAGAUUGAGGCUCUCUACGAGGAUGAAUCAUUCCCUGAACGUGAACUGGCCGCGUUGGUCGCCUCCAAGGUAUAUUAUCAUCUCCAAGAGUACAACGAGAGCAUGGUACUUGCCCUGGGUGCGGGAAAGCUGUUCAAGCUAGAUCACGGCGGCGAGUACGAGGAGACGAUCAUUGCCAAAUGUGUCGAUACCUUCAUCUCCCUUUCUGCGGCCCAGCGGCCGGCCGGCGGCGACCAGCCAGCCAACUUGAACACCGCAUUCCCGGCAUCGGCUGAGGGCGCCACGAGCACAUCAGCCAGCCUUACCUCCCCAAUCACACCAUUCUCGAAAUCCGCCCUGCCUUCCAAGUCUUUGUUGUCUCGCCAGGAGGUGCCAGGUAUCGACGCUGCACACCCCGGAGGCGAGGACACCAGCGUCCAGCAUGCCGAAACACCCCUUGUGUUGAAGCGUGGCGUCCAGGGUCAGCUGCAGGCAGUGAUUGAGAGCCUUUUUGAGGAGUGCUUCCGCCAGAAGCGCUAUCGCCAAGUGAUUGGGAUUGCGGUUGAGGCAAAGAGCUUGGAUGUGUUGCGCAUGGCCAUCAUCCGUGCUAGUGAGGACGAGAAGAAGCAGCAAGGUGAAUCUCGGCGGAGUGAGGAGCUCAUGGAAUAUGUUUUGGAUAUCUGCAUGGGUAUUGUCCAGGAGCGGGGUUUCCGGAAUGAGAUUUUGAAGCUCAUCCUGGAACUGUUGAACGAAAUCCCCUCCCCCGACUAUUUCUCGAUCGCGAAAUGUGUUGUCUACCUGAACGAGCACUCGAUGGCCUCCGUCAUCCUCCGUCAGCUGGUUGAGAAGGGUGAUUCUCGGUCCCUGGCGGUCGCCUACCAGAUUUCUUUCGACCUGUACGACAAUAGCACCCAGGAGUUCCUCCAGAAGGUCCGUCAGGAGAUUGCCGAGCUUGUGCCUGAGAACGAGAAGGAGAACAACGAGAACGAUGAAGAGCCCAAGGAGUCCGACCCAUUGCUUGAGGACCAAGGAAAUUCGUCAAGGCCUUCGGGAGAUGGCGACACGAACCUUUUGGAUGACUCGCUUUCCGCCUUUAAGAAUAUCCUGGCGAUUCUGGAUGGCAAAAAAUCCAUUCAGCUCAAUCUGGAGUUCUUGUAUCGGAAUAACAAGGCCGAUAUUGCGAUUUUGAACAAGAUCCGUGACAGCCUUGAGGCUCGCAACUCCAUCUUCCACACUGCAGUCACUCUUUCGAAUGCUUUCAUGCACGCUGGUACCACCCACGACAAGUUCUUCCGCGAUAACUUGGAGUGGCUUGGGAAAGCUGUGAACUGGUCCAAGUUCACAGCCACUGCUGCUCUGGGUGUGAUCCAUCGUGGAAACCUGAGCCAGGGUCAAAAGCUUCUACAGCCAUACCUGCCCCGAGAGCACAUCGCUGGUGUUGGAGGGUCAGGCUCGGUCUACAGCCAGGGCGGUUCUCUGUACGCGUUCGGUCUCAUCUACGCUAACCACGGUGGCAUGGCGGUUGAUCUGAUCCGCGACCACUUCAAGAAGGCCACUGAAGAGGUGGUUCAGCAUGGCGGAGCUUUGGGACUUGGUGUUGCAGGCAUGGCAACUGGCGACGAGGGCAUCUAUGAAGACCUCCGGAACGUGCUCUACACCGAUUCGGCUUUGAAUGGUGAGGCUGUUGGUCUCGCCAUGGGUCUGGUCAUGCUGGGCACUGGCAACAUGAAAGCAUUGGAGGAUAUGAUCCAGUAUGCGCACGAGACGCAGCACGAGAAGAUUGUCCGUGGUCUGGCCAUGGGUAUGGCUUUGAUCAUGUACGGACGCCAGGAAGCGGCCGACGAACUGAUCAAUGGUCUGCUCGGCGAUCCCGAUCCUACCCUCCGCUACGGUGGUAUUAUGACCAUCGCUUUGGCCUACUGCGGCAGUGGCAGCAACAAGGCUGUUCGCAAGCUUCUUCACGUCGCCGUCAGUGAUGUCAACGAUGAUGUCCGCCGGGUUGCAGUGCUGAGCUUGGGCUUCAUCCUGUUCCGCAAGUACCAAAGUGUUCCCCGCAUGGUCGAGCUGCUCUCGGAGUCUUACAACCCUCAUGUCCGGUACGGUGCCGCCAUGGCGCUUGGUAUUUCCUGCGCCGGAACUGGACUUGACGAGGCCAUCGACCUGCUGGAGCCGAUGCUUAAGGACUCGACCGACUUUGUCCGGCAAGGCGCCUUGAUUUCGCUCGCCAUGGUUCUUGUUCAGCAGAACGAGGCCAUGAACCCCCGCGUCACUAGCCUCCGUAAGGCCAUGAUGAAGAUGAUUGGAGACCGCCACGAAGAUGCUAUGGCCAAAUUCGGCUGUGCUGUCGCCCUGGGAAUUAUCGAUGCCGGUGGCCGCAACUGCACGAUCAGCCUGCAAACACAGACGGGCAAUCUCAACAUGCCUGGUAUUGUUGGCGCCGCGGUGUUCGUGCAGUAUUGGUACUGGUUCCCGCUCACGCACUUCCUGUCUCUCAGCUUUGCUCCCACCUCUGUGAUCGGCGUGGACCAGAAACUCGAGGUCCCGCACUUCAAGUUCCACAGCAACACCCGGCCAAGUCUCUUUGACUAUCCUCCCGAGCAACAAGUGAAAGCUGAGGAGGCACCAGAGAAGGUGAAGACCGCUGUCCUCUCGACUACAGCCCAGGCCAAGCGCCGCGCGCAGCGUCGGGAAAAGCAGGCACGCCGCGAGAGCAUGGACAUUGACCAGACACCUACGACUCCCAAGGUUUCCGACCAGCUUCCGGAGAAGAUGGAGACCGACGAGGGUGCGGCCAAGGAGGAAGAGGGCAAGGAAGAGGAGGGCAAGGAGGCCGACAAGGGUGCUGUUGAGGGCCAGAAAAAGAAGGCCGAGCGGGAGAAGGUCGGCUACGAGCUAGACAACUUGUCCAGAGUUCUCCCGGCUCAGCUCAAGUACCUCACCUUCCCGGACCCGCGGUACGAACCGGUCAAGAGGCCCACCGGUGGAGUUGUGGUUGUGCUGGACAAGCAGCCCGACGAGCCCCGCGAGACGGCCGCCAUUGGCACCGCUGCGCUGCAGACUCCUCAACGGUCCGCCGCUCGCGCCGCGGUGGCCGCCGAAUCCACGCCGGCUGCUGGCGCGGCGGCUGCAGCCGGUGUAUUGACGGCGGUGGAUGAGGAUGAGGAAGGUGUGGAGGAUGCGCCCGUUCCGGACAACUUCACGUACGAGUCGGACGAGGAGUAG